GCGGCUCCACGGCCCCGCAGCCAGCGCAGCAGCCCGGCGCGGCCCCGCCGCCCCCGGCAGCACCGGCACCAGCAGGGAGAGCAGGGGGGCGGACAGCGCAGCCGGCCCCGAUAACGGGUAAUGGAGUCCAACUGCCGCAAACUUGUCUCCGCCUGUGUUCAGCUAGGGGUGCAGCCCGCCACCGUCGAAUGUCUUUUCUCCAAGGAGGCGGACAUCAAAAAGGGGGAGCUCAGCGCGGCGCCGGAGGGCCUCAAGGAGCCCACCGGCAGCAAACUCUUCGUGCGGCCGCCCCCCAGAGCCAAUGAGAAAGAUAAGAGCCAGCAGAGCAAGAACGAAGAUGCGGGGUCCGAGGACCCCUCCAAGAAGAAGAGGCAGCGGCGGCAGAGGACUCACUUCACCAGCCAGCAGCUGCAGGAGCUGGAGGCCACCUUCCAGAGGAAUCGCUACCCGGACAUGUCCACCCGGGAGGAGAUCGCUGUCUGGACUAACCUCACCGAGGCCAGGGUUAGGGUUUGGUUCAAGAACCGCAGAGCCAAAUGGAGAAAGAGAGAAAGGAACCAGCAAGCCGAGCUUUGCAAAAACGGCUUUGGUCCACAGUUUAACGGCCUCAUGCAGCCCUACGAUGACAUGUACCCCGGCUACUCGUACAACAACUGGGCAGCCAAGGGCCUGACCUCCGCUUCCCUCUCCACCAAAAGCUUCCCUUUCUUCAACUCCAUGAAUGUCAACCCUCUGUCUUCUCAGAGCAUGUUCUCCCCUCCAAACUCCAUUUCUUCCAUGAGUAUGUCUUCAAGUAUGGUACCCUCUGCAGUCACCGGGGUCCCCGGCUCCAGCCUCAACAGCCUGAAUAACUUGAACAACUUGAGCAAUCCCUCCCUGAAUUCUGCAGUGCCAACGCCAGCCUGUCCUUAUGCUCCUCCAACACCUCCGUAUGUUUAUAGGGACACAUGUAACUCAAGCUUGGCAAGUCUGAGACUUAAAGCCAAGCAGCACUCCAGUUUUGGCUAUGCCAGUGUGCAGAACCCCGCUUCCAACCUGAGUGCUUGCCAGUAUGCGGUGGACAGACCCGUGUGAGACACCCAAGUAGGAAACACUGCAUGGGAAUCCCUCCCCAUUUCCCGCAGAGACUGAGAAUUACACUAGGAAGUAAUGGGCACUAGAGAGAAAGGAGGAAAAAUCAGAGACAGAGAGAGAGGAAAAGAGAACGAGAGAAAGGAAAAAAAAGAGGAAACCACUGAAAUAAGAUAGUUCCUUUGUUUUCAAAGGACCUCCUACAGAUUCUGAGAUCUUUCUUUCACUAAGAGUAUUUCAACAGUUACAAGGACAUAUAUAUAUAUAUAUAUAUAUGGACAAAUGUUUGACUGGAUAUGAUAUGACAUUUUAAUGUUACUAUAAGCUUGUUAUUUUUUAAGUUUAGCAUUGUUAACAUAAAAAUGACUGAAAGGAUGUAUAUAUAUCGAAAUGUCAAAUUAAUUUUAUAAAAGCAGUUGUUAGUAAUAUCACAACAGUGUUUUUAAAAGGUUAGGCUUUAAAAUAAAGCAUGUUACACAGAAGCGAUUAGGAUUUUUUCGCUUGCGAGCAAGGGAAUGUAUAUACUAAAAGCAACACUGUAUGUUUCUAACAUAUAAUUAUUAAAAAAAAAAAUGUGUGAAUAUCAGUUUUAGAAUAGUACCUCUGGUGGAUGCAAUGAUGUUUCUGAUAUUGCAAUGUAAAACAUGCCCUGUGUAUAACAUUUCGUACAAUAUCAUUGUUUUACUUUUCAGCAAACAUGAAAAAAAAAAAUUGUGUUUUAUUUCAUGGGAGUAAAAUAU